AUGUGGCUCAUCGCCAUGUAUGUUCCAGCGAUGGAGGUUGUCAACAAGUACUGGAUUCCUCCUCAGAUCUGCGCCUCCAUCCUCGUCAUCGAAGUCUUUACCAUCUUCCUCCCCUGCUGGGAGGUCAUGCGCCACAACUCCCUCCGUCAAGAAACCCUCGACGCCAUCGCCCAGUGGGAGAAGCGGACCAAGGGCGCCGGCGGCGACGAAAAGUCCCUCGGGUCCACCGCCACCAUGGUCGAGUCCAUGAUGUCCGGCUGGAAGUCGACCAACGGCUCCGUCAAGACGACCAACAGCUCGCGCGAGAGCAUCCUCAACAUGAGCGCCCUCGAAUACGUCCUCGACCGCAACCCCACCCCGCUGCAAAAGUUCUCCGCCCUCCACGACUUCUCCGGUGAGAAUGUCGCUUUCCUCACCAGUGUCGCCGAGUGGAAGAGCGCCGUCCCGCAAGCUCUGAGAGACGGCGCUGGUGAGAAGGACGCAGCCGCCAAGGAUGCCAUCCGCGACUCAUUCAACCAGGCCCUCUACAUCUACGCCGAAUUCAUCAGCGUCCGCCACGCCGAGUUCCCCGUCAACAUCUCCUCGCAAGACCUGCGCAAGCUCGAAAGCAUCUUCGAAGUCCCCGCCAAGAUCCUCUACGGUGCCGAAAGCGGCCAGGGUGAAGCCGACCCGGCCACCCCGUUCAACAAGGCCACCUUCGACUUCAACUCGGAGCCCUCACCCACCUACUCUGAAUUCUCGCAGAGCUCCGUCUCGGCCAUCAAAGACCGCGCGCAGUACUGCGGGGAUAUCCCCGAGUCGUUUACGGCGGGCGUCUUUGACGACGCGGAGAACAGCAUCAAGUACCUCGUCUUGACAAAUACGUGGCCCAAGUUCAUCAAGUCGCAGCGGCGAAUGUCGAUCGAUUCAUCCGAGACGCUGCGGUCGGGGGCGGAGGUUGUAUAG